AUGGCUGCUCCUACGGAAUUGCGGUUCAAGAACCCGGCCAUCUUCAUCUGCGAUAUGCAAGAAAAAUUCCGCAACGUCAUCUACGAAUUCGACAGCAUCGUCACCACCGCCGUCAAGCUCCUCACCUACGCCCAGUCCCUCUCCAUCCCCGUCCACACAACCACCCAGACCUCCGCCAAACUCGGCCCCACCGUCCCCGCCAUCGCCGACCUCCUCCCCGCCCCUCCCCACGACAAGACAAAGUUCUCCAUGCUCGUCCCCGGCAUCGCCGCCCAGCUGCCGCCCCAGUCCCGCGUCGCCCUCGUCGGCAUCGAGUCCCACAUCUGCAUCUCCCAGACCGCCCUCGACCUCCGCGACGCCGGCCACUUCCCCUACGUCAUCGCCGACGGCGUCAGCUCCUGCAACCGCCAGGAGGUCGCCAUCGCCCUCGACCGCCUGCGCAGCGAGCCCGGCAUCACCGUCUGCUCCUCCGAGGGCUGGAUGUACGAGUGCUUGGGCGACGCCUCCCAUCCCUUGUUCAAGGGGCUCAUUACUGUCGUCAAGAGCAAGCUGAGUGAGACGUCAAAGGUCUUGAGCGUGCUGCCGCCUGCUCCCAAGAUGUAA